AUGUCAACAGCCUUUAUUCCCGUCGCACUCGCGCCAACAAUCCAUUACGGUAAUAACCUAGACGCGUACGGACAUAGUCCUCAAGCUUCUUAUCCAACACCAGAAUCUAUCAACGGUGCCGAGGGUGGAUAUCGAUCACCACCACCUCCUCCGAACGGUUAUCUACAUACCCCAGAUAGCACCCCAAGUUCUCAGAAGCAACAGUCAUACUCAUCUCCAUCAUCAAAAAUGUAUCAAUCGUCGAAUUAUCCCCAACAAGGGUAUCAACAACAACAACAGCAGCAGCAGCAGAAUGAACAGCCGGAUUGGCAUAGUCAAACAGCUGGACCCUCCACCAGACGCAGACAGUCCACAUCUCCUUUACCGGUUAACGACCGUCUGGAUGCCAGCGUUAGAGGUGUAGGAAGUGGUUAUCCAGGGAAAAGGGAUUCCAGAAUGGUAGUUAGCGUGGAGGAGGAAGAUGGAAGAAUAGGAACUGAAGAUCCUCGCGGCGAAAGAAGCUACACCGAACUAAAAUGUCUCGGAGACGGCUCAUUUGGUACAGUGUGGUUAUGCGACUGGCAUUCACCAGUAAAGUCAGACAUAAUCUUGUCAGCAAUGCAGUGUGGAGCAGGUGCUAGACCGGAAUGGGCAGGGAAAAGACUGGUGGCGUUGAAGAGAAUGAAAAGAGUGUGGGACGGUGGAUGGAAACAAGCUAGAACAUUGGGUGAACUUGUGUCACUGAGCAAAAUCCCUCCGCAUCCCGCUAUCAUUCCUCUCUACGAUGCCUUCAUAUCCCCCAAAUCCAGAGAACUGUAUUUCGUUUUCGAGUGUAUGGAGGGAAACUUAUAUCAAUUGACGAAAUCUCGACGAGGACGGCCAUUGGCAGCUGGUCUCAUCGCCAGUUGUUUCCAUCAAAUAUCGGCCGGUCUGUAUCAAAUUCAUCAAUAUGGUUAUUUCCAUAGAGAUAUGAAGCCUGAAAAUCUUCUGGUGACCACCACUGGAUUGACAGAUUACUUGACAGCUGGCACUUUGGCCCAAAUCAACAAUUCUCGUAUAGAAGGUUCAGGUGUCCCUCCGCCAACUGAAGACCAGAUAAAAUACGAAAAAGAUGUUAGAGUAAUAGUAAAACUUGCAGAUUUCGGUUUAGCAAGAGCGACAAAUUCUAAACCACCAUAUACUGAGUAUGUCUCUACGAGAUGGUAUCGUGCACCUGAAGUUCUACUUCGUUCGACAGAUUAUGGAGCUCCGGUAGAUAUGUGGGCUCUGGGGACGAUUUUAGCAGAAAUGGUCAAUCUGAAACCGCUCUUCCCAGGUGUAAGCGAGAUUGAUCAAGUAUAUCGAAUUACAGAAACAAUGGGUGAACCAAGUGGAGAGUAUGGAAUGGAUGAAAGAAGCCAAACAAUCGGUGGUGGACCAUGGAAUUCGGGUAUCAAACUAGCCAAAAAUGUCGGAUUUUCCUUCCCAAAGCGUCAACCUGUACGUUUCCGCGGGCUUUUCGGCGAGAACGUUCCCGAUUCGCUUGUCGAUUGUAUCCACGACCUUUUGCGCUACAAUCCCAAGUAUCGAUUGACUUCCGCACAAUGCAUCGAUCAUGCCUACUUCCACGAGACUCUCCCUCAUCUCCAACAAACUCCACCAUUACCACGCAUCCCAUUUUCGCAAGGUCAACCUGCACCUGGAGCUUUACGAUCUCAAUCAGCCGAGAUUACACAAGCUCCCCCACGACAAGUACCCCCAUCCCACUCAAACACUCCAAACGAACCGCGACCCGCCUUUGCAAACGGCGACAUGCGUACGUUACCGCCACCGAUAGGUACUCCGGACAGUGCUUCACCCGCUGGAGCCCGAACGUUCUUCCCUCCAUCACAAUCACAUGGUCCUCAAGCCGAUCCACGAGCAUUUGUCAGCGCUUCUUCUCUGGUUCAUCAACUUCGAGAAUUGGAUUUACCCACCGACGAUCUUGCGAGUUACGGUAACAGACCACCGAACUCACCUGGCGUUGCAAGAGAUCCGGUGUAUUCGCUUCCACCUACCCCACGAAUGGACCCACGAGCUCGCUCGCAGCAAUGGGCAAGCGAAGUUGCACUCUCCACUGGUCAUCCCUCUGGUGCACAAUCCACGGUGUACGACGGUUCGGUUUUCGAAGGUUCUCAAGCAGCUCUCAAUUCUAAUCCAUCGUUCAAUAACUAUUCCACUACUUCCAUUCCUGAACCUGCCCCUAGACGUCCUUUCGAUCAACUCAAACCUCACGUUGCAGCAUAUGUUCAGCAACAGCAACAACAAAGAUACGUCCAAGAUAUCCCUCAACAGUCCUCGGCUUCGUUGGUAUCUAGGCCACCGCCCAUCGAACCUACUGUAGGAGCAGCACGAGCAGACAAGCUCGCGGUCACGGGUAAGAAGAAGAAAUGGGGACUUAGCUCAGUCUUUGGAGGAGCUUCAGAUAAAUCAUCAACAGUGGACCUUACACCAGUUCCUGAAGUCGAAGGUUACGCUGGCUCAUCUCUCAAACGUACACAAUCCGGUAAUAGACCUCAAGAUCGAAUGACACUUGCUUCUCCUAUCAUCGCUGAUCCCAAAAAGGCCAAGAAAGAAGCUGAGAGAGCUGCUAAAGAAGUUGAAAAGGCCAAACGAGAAGCUGCCGCUGCUUUGCAGAAGGAGAGGGCUAGGGCAGUCAUGCAAAAGAGAAAUCAACUGGUCGAAGCCAGAAUCCAGACCGGUCAGAAAAACACUGAACUCGAAUUCGCUUCAUCCAACGUGAAUGUAUCUGGAACUGCGAAGGCACAACCACAUUUACAACCUAAUUUCGCGUCAGCCUCAUCACUUUCUCUCAAUCCCAAUCUAGGAGGAAACCAAUCUAUGCGAGACUUGAGGAAUUAUCCUAAUGUCCCUGCUAGUUCGAGUAUGACUUCGGUCAGAUCCCAUGAAUCGGCUCGUUCUGCUCAGUCUAACAAGAGUGGACUGAGUGCAGCUGCACUUAAAGCUUAUGAUGAGGCUCAUGUCGAAAGCAGACAUAAAGCUAGAAGAAGGGAUGAUGAUGAUGAUCAUUCAAUGUCAAGCUUUGGUCAACAUUCUCUGAUGAGUAGAAGUGUCUUAACGGUCGGGACUAUCGGGACUGUUGAUAGCGAUCCCGGACCUCGAUUAGCAAGAGAACACUGGAAUGAUCCGUUACGACAACGUGAUCCAAAACGUGCACCAUCUGUCUCUUCUUUCCACAAGCAGCAUCACGGCUUAACAUCACGUUCCAAUGCUUCCUUUGAAUCACAGCUAGCUCAUGACUUCAAAGUCCAUGCCAAUGUAGGGGCGACUUCAUCGACGUCAUUAGGUCGAGUAGGUGGUAAAAGCUCAUUGUCACUACAUGGACAAUUGGAAGGUUUAGGUCAACCGCUGGUACCUCAACAUGCGCUAUCUGGGAAUAACGGAAAUGGUUCAGCCCCUACAAGUCCAUAUGGUCAUCCUAAAGCGGUCGCUGUUUCUCACGGUGUCGGACUGAACAGACCAUUAGCUUCCGCGUCAGGAUCAGGUGUAAUGUUACCUAGCAUAAGUAAUUGGGAAGCUGGUGGUGUGGGUGAUAUGUCAAAUAGACAUAUUCAAGGUCAAAUCAACCCUAUGUUCAGAGUCCCUCCGGCCAGCCAAAAUAGAUCACAGACCACUUUACCACCUUUUUCAGCUAUUGCGAGUGUAGCAGACAGAGACGGACAAAACCUUUCUUCUAAAUAA